AUGGCGACGAUGACAGCGAAUGGCGUCUCGCAAUUGUCCCCGCAAGAGCGGUCGACGGUUCUAGCCGCGCUCGAGGAGUACACGACCGCUCUGGCUAUUUACCACAACGUCCUGGAAAAACCAGCGGAAGACGACAACGACAUCGCCGACUGCCUUCUCUCCAGUAUCGAGUACGUUGCGAACCUCAGCCCCGGUGACGUCGCAAGAAUCGAACAACUGAAGGAACAAGCUGCGUCUGCGAAACUUUACGAAGACAGUCUAUACCUGAGGAAAAUUAUGGAAGACCUGAAGGAGGAGGUACGCGAGAAGGGAACGUUCGAGGUAUUGACCAAGGAGGUCGAAAAAUUGCUCGGCCACGAGAAAGAGGAGGAGGCGUUGCGAAACGAGAGCGAGAGGCUGAAGAACCUCGCAGAGGAGCUGCAGCGAACGAUCGCCGACGAGAAGAUCGCGAACGAGCAAGAGAAGAGGCGGAUGCUGAACGAGCUGGCCGAGGAACAGCGAGACACGGAGAAACUGAAAUUAAUUGCGGACGCGGAGCUGGAUUAUGUUACCGCCUGGGAAACGGCGAGAUACGAGCAGAACGCCCUGCGCGCUAACAUGGAAAUAGAAAAGUUGGAGAAGGUAUUAAACGAGUGCCGCGUGCGCGAAAAAAACGAGGAGCGCGUUCAUAUCGAGCGAACGAACUUUCUGAUACGGGAUACCGAGUCGUUCGAGAAGAAGAGGAAGGAGUGGGAGGCGCGGUACAUCCGGGAGAAGGAAAUGUACGAGAAGGGGAUCCGCCGGUUACGCAUCGAGAUAGCGGCUCGUCGAAAAGAACUGGAGGAACUUAAAGAAGAGUAUCGCCAUAAGCAGGAAUUCAUAGACACGUGUCUGGCGGAGAAAGAGGCGCUCAGGAAAGAGAAGGAACGAAGGGAGCACGAGCAAAAAAGCACCAUCAGGAUUCAAGCUUGGUGGCGAGGCGUCAUGGUGCGCCGGAAGUUGGGGCCGUAUCGACCCGAAGAAAAAAAGAAGAAGCGGCCUAAGAACAAGAAAUAAUUCAGUCUCAGUGAACUUUAUGCAAUCACUUUCAACGUUAAUGAAUUUUCAUUUUCCCUCUUCGGCAACGAUGCAUGUUCUUUGAACCUAUUCGACCUAUUGCUUCAUUGUUAACACUAGGUUUACUAUCAAAUCUCCAGUUUCCACAAUCUAAAUAAACGAGCAUCAAUUUUUUUAGGAAUAAUAGAAUAAAGUGUACAAUAAAUGCCCGUAAACCUAGUGUUAACCCUUACUUAAGAGAACUAACGAUUCCUUUGAAUGACAGUUGCAAAAGAAAUUGGAGCGUGCUCCUCGGGACGAGUCGACUAUAAUUCCUAAGACCAUAGGAAAGUUUGUCAAUCGUAAA